CAACAGUGAUUCGUACUUCAACGCAGUUUUUCCUUAUUCAUUGUUGACAAAUAAAACUAUAAUUAUUCGAGAUAUUUAUAAUUGAGAUUUCGAGAAUUUGGAUAAAUAUGAGUAGAUUCAAAUAUGAACUUAAGUGUAAACUGGAUAGACUCAAUGAAGACAUGAAGUCAUGGAUGAAACAAGUAGACUACGCUAUUCGUUUGUGGUCCAGACUCCCAGACUCUACUCUAUAUGAGUCGUACGAACAAGUACUGACACUAAUGUACAGAAAACUUGAAAGUGCCGGGUACAAGAAACUCAAGGAAAGGCAGACGACGACGAUUAUCAAAAGGAGUAGUUCUCCCGAGACGAGGGCGGUUGAAUAUGAGCUGAGGAAAACGCUGGAGAUGGAAAUGCUAAAAUCUAUCAACCUACUGGAAGCUCUCGAACAGGAGAAAAUAAAACGAAAGCUGAUAGAAGACGAAAUGAGAGAAACGAAAAGAAAGUUUGAAAAGUCAAAUGUUCCUCCGAAAUACAUAGUAAAUGAACGAGACAGCAGUAUAGAUAAAGAUGUUGAUCAGCUUCUGGAACUUGACAAACAGAUUGCUGAACAAAUGGACGAAAUUGACAUUCCUGGAAGCAGCGCAGAAGGGCUGGUGACAGACAGAAGUGGUGGCCUGUCCACAGAAAGAGCUGUUUCCGAACAAACAAAUGCACCCGCUGUUAUUACUGAAGUUUUCAAGUCUGUGUUCAAUAACGAGUGGAAUGAUUGUUUUACUGAAUUGACUAAACGAUAUACAGAUGACCAUGCUAUUGAAUUAUUACGACUGUGGCUCAAGGAAUGCUAUUUUACAUGUGUUGCAUUAACAAAAGAACAAAGGAAAAAUAUUAAAGACGAUACACUUAAAUGUUUCUUCAAGUUUAUGCAAUCUCAAGCUGCUGUAUCAUUAUCAGACAAAUGUAAAAAGUACAUUAGGACAUAUCAGAAGAAAACAGCAAAGGAGGCUUUACCUUUAAUUGAACAGCUGUGUACUAAACGAAUCACAAGAGGUCAAAACUUUGGCACUGCUGCGACAGAGUACAUAAAGAGGUGUGCUGAGGUUUGCUGGAUUAUGAACGUGCAGAAUCCUUCUAUAUUCUUAGACUUUGAUCUCCGAUAUGGAUAUGUUAUUGAUCAACAUUCUUUUUCCACAUUCCGAAAACAUGGUGACUACGUCAACUAUGUUGUAUGGCCUGCUGUUUAUUUAAACAGAAAUGGACCCAUCCUGUGUAAAGGAAUCGUUGAAAGUCAAUAAAUACAUAAUUGUGAUCAUUUAAGUGUAUAUGAGUACGUGAAUGUAUGUGUGUAUGUAUUUGUGUGUGAUGGAGUAUGUGAGUGCUGUCAAGACAAGAGGAGAAUUUUAGAAAUUAAUAGUCAGAUAAAAUACGGAAAAUUUGACAACAUCCCAUUACCUCGACAGAGCACUCGCUUGAGUUAAAACCACUGUGAAGGAACUUGUGCUAAUGAAAUAUUUUGCAUAAUCUUGAAAAUACAGUUGCUUAAAUGAAAAUUAUUUCAUAUAUGCAAAUCCAUUAAACCGUGCAAUAUCAUGAAUACAACCAAUAUCAUAAUUAUCAUUAUGUUCUAUUAAGCAUGUUAUAUAUACAGUGAUAUAAUAAAAUAUUAUAAAAAUAAAACAAA